UUGUUCCCUUUUAAAUUUGCAUAAAUUUGGUUGGUUUUGGUCGAAAAAAUGAAGUUGAAUUACUUUGGAAUUGUUAUCUCGAACUUCAUGCCAAAGACGGCCAAAGUACGAGUUGCAAAGGAAAAGUUCCACCCAGUCAUCAAGAAAUAUGUAACAAAAUACCAAAAUUACAUGGUACAGGACGAUCGUGGAUGUGGAGUUGGUGAUGCUGUAGUUAUUCAGCCAUGCAGACCGCGUUCUGCGACAAAGAGAUUCGAAAUUAUAAAGGUUCUACAAGAAGCGAACCGCGCGUCUCCCAAUGCCUUUGCUGCAUCUAAGGAGACGCCAGCUGAUUCGAAAUCAUAAACUAGCAGCUGUAUUGAAUAAUUAAUAAAGAUCCGAAACCCCAAAACGUCCUAUGUCAAUCGUUAUGCCUUUUGAAGAAGCAUGAGAAAAAGGGUCUGUACCCUUUAACUGAGAAGUGCGCCAUUACAUGCUUCUAUCAUGCAGAAUAUUGAUUCAUUUUGUUUGUAGAAAACAUCCCUAUAGUUUGUUUCCACUUGGCUAUUUCAUCGGAGGUUUUCUCUUUUUUUUUUUACACGACGAUCGGCACUUUCUAUCUCUUCUACUCUUUGCAUAUUUAGGAUAAUUACGAAUUAUUUUUAUUUUCGUACUCUGGCAUUAAGAUUUGACUUGUCUAAUGAAAGUAUGAUAAUAAUUUACUAAGGUACUUUAUUAAAAGAUCCAAAAUCUCUAAGCAAACAAAUCUACUAGAGGA